UCGGAAGGAUUCGGCGUCGCCUCCCGCGUCGCCUCCCUAUUUGAUGCGCCCAAGCGGGUCGGUAAGGCGAAGCCGUCCAGCCAGAAGACCCCGCAGCUCUGCCUUCUCUCCGGCCAUCCGGAGUCUCUGCCUUCCCCGGGGGCGGCUUCAGGGCGCGAGGUCGCCUUCCCGUGGCGGGUCUCCUCUGGCUCACCUGUCCCGGGCUGGGAGAUUUUCCCAGCGGCCGCCGCCGUCGCCUUCACCUGCGGGUGCUUGUUGAAGGGUUGCGCGCAGGAACGACGACUUCGGAACCUGCCUUGCGGUUGCUGCGAAUUGCCGCCGUCGGAGUAAAGCCUCAAAGAUCAUCGCGGGACCUUUGAAGGCGCUGCUGUUGGAAGGAAAGUAUGCCCCAGACGCCUCCCUUCGCCGCCAUGUUUGACAGCAGUGGCUACAGCCGAUACCUGUUCCAGUCCAAAGAGGACAGCUGUGAAGGGUUGUAUUACCAUGACAACAACUUGCUCUCAGGGUCCUUGGAAGCUCUCAUCCAGCACUUGGUGCCCACUCUUGAUUACUACCCGGAUAGAACAUACAUCUUCACUUUUUUGCUGAGCUCUCGGCUUUUUGUACACCCUUAUGAAUUAAUGGCAAAAGUCUGCCAUCUCUGCACCGAGCAGCAGAGGCGAGCGGAUUCUGCAACUGAUCAAAGCCGGUUAAGGAAAAUUGCCCCCAAAAUCCUGCAGCUCUUGGCGGAAUGGACGGAGACGUUUCCGUACGAUUUUCGAGAUGAGCGCAUGAUGCGAAAUCUAAAGGAGCUGGCCCAUCGUAUAGCCAGUACAGAUGAGGCCUAUCGGAAAAACGUGCAGCAAAUCAUCCAGAGCCUCAUUCGUAAGCUGGCCUCUCUUAACCAAUAUGAGGAAGUUCUUGCAAAAAUCAAUGCUACUUCAACCGACAGACUGACAGUAUUAAAGACCAAACCUCAGGCCAUCCAACGGGAUAUCAUCACCGUCUGCAGCGACCCUUACAUGUUAGCCCAGCAGCUGACUCACAUAGAGCUUGAGAGGCUUAGUUAUAUUGGACCACAAGAAUUUGUCCAAGCUUUUGUACAGAAGGACACUCUGGACAUGGAGAAGAGUUCUUAUGGAGAUCGGAAGAAGUCUCGGAAUCUGGAAGCUUACGUGGAAUGGUUCAAUAGACUGAGUUAUUUGGUUGCCACCGAAAUAUGUAUGCCUAUAAAGAAAAAACACAGAGCAAGAAUGAUAGAAUACUUCAUUGACGUCGCCCGAGAGUGUUUCAACAUCGGCAACUUCAACUCUUUAAUGGCUAUUAUUUCUGGAAUGAAUAUGACUCCUGUCUCCAGAUUAAAGAAAACUUGGUCAAAAGUCAAGACGGCUAAGUUUGACAUUCUGGAGCAUCAAAUGGACCCUUCCAGCAAUUUCUACAAUUACCGCACGGCGCUCCGUGGGGCCACCCAGAGAUCUUUGACAGCUCACAGCAGCAGAGAGAAGAUUGUGAUCCCAUUUUUCAGCCUGCUUAUCAAGGACAUUUACUUCCUCAAUGAGGGCUGUGCCAACCGCUUGCCCAAUGGCCAUGUCAAUUUUGAAAAGUUUUGGGAAUUGGCGAAACAAGUGAGUGAGUUUAUGACCUGGAAGCAAGUGGAAUGUCCUUUUGAGAGGGACCGGAAAAUCCUUCAGUACCUGCUCACCAUUCCAGUUUUCAGUGAGGACGCACUUUAUUUGGCCUCGUAUGAAAGUGAAGGUCCAGAGAAUCACAUUGAAAAAGACAGGUGGAAGAUGCUCAGGUCCACGCUCCUGGGAAGAGGUUAAUGUAUGACUGAGUGCUUCCCGCAGUUGCUGCUAUGAUCUUGACAUGGGUUCUUAGGAUGAAGGCCAUGGCUUAGGUCUCUUAUUUAUUUACCCAUCCCUCCUCCCCUUGACGACCAAGAGGCACGUUUUUAAGUUAAUGAGAGCUAAAUAAGUUGGUGAAGAGCAAGCCGGGAUAUGAUGUUGAGAAGACAGCCACGUUGGCAUGAGUCAGGAAAAGGCAGCUUUCUCCUACCCACUGAUGGCCAAACGAAAGGGCCAGCUGGGUGGCAUGAGGUCGAUCAAGGAGAACCCAGUGAAGGAAGCCUUUCGAAGAUCCGAAUCUACUGUGAAUCAUUUUGAAGCACCUGGAUGGGAUUCCCCCACCCCCCUUCCUUCCUCAUCCCACCCCACUCAUCAGAUUUCUGGUACUUCCCACCUGGAUUCCAAGUAGAACUUCCCUUCGAUCUAUCCAAAGGCCCAACUGGACUUCUUUCAGGUGCCGGAGGAAGAUUUUUUUUCCGCUGGUUUUUCUUGUCAAAAAGAAAUCUAGGAACUUUUUAUUUUAUUUUUUUUGCAUUUUGCAUCCCUUGAGGGGAUAACGGCUCACGACACAGUGUUGUUGCAAGGUUCCUAAGAUGUUCAACUAUUUAUUAUAAUGAAAAGAGGCACAAGUGCUCUGGAUUUUUGCUUGUUUGUUUGUUAAGUUUGUGAGUGAGCUGCUGGUUGGCCAACUCGGACUAGAUAUUUUUUGGAAGUUUUAAGUUCCGCAAUAGCGCUUAGGAGAAGCAGAGGAUUAGAAAGCUAGGUAGCCAAUGUAGCUAGACUAUGUAGAAAUGUCACCCUUCCGAUCCCUCCUUCUUCUUCGGUGUGUGAUCGUUGCUGUUUUUUCAAUCUGCGCUACAAAGCCAACUGAAUUAGGCACGAAGCAGCCAGUUCCAUUUCGUGACUUUCUCCGUAAAAUCCGAGUUCAAUUUUGAAAGGGAAACCCGUUGGAAUAAAAAGCGGGACUCCGUCCUUUGAAGCCCGUUCAUCGCCGGGACCUCUAAAUUGGCUUACUGAAUGUUUCUUUCCAAAACUAACUUUAUCGAAGAGCCAGAAGAAUAAGAAUGAGAAGAAGGUUUGGAACUGGCUUACCUUUUGUAAUGUGGACUUUCCCAAAACGUCUGUACUUUUCUGCGUCUUUUUCUUCACUCUCUAUAUUGUUGAAUUAAUUGGUUUCGUUUUCUCCUGGGUGGGAAGGGAAACACCUGCUGGGAUUGUAGGUAGAUAUAAAUUAUGAUUUUGCAGGGCUUUUUUUUUUUUUUUAAUGUACGGAAAUAAUACCCGAUCUAGGAAUGCUAAUUUAAACUCUGAAAUCCUACAGACCCGUUGAAAGUUUCUCCUAGCUGAGUCUCCAGCUAUAAGCUCCAUGGGGUUUUUUUUGUGGGGGGGUGGGGAAUGUUGCUUCAAGAACCUCUGAAAAAUUGCUUUGACUACGAAACAAGUCCUGUUAUGUUAGUAGUAGCUCUGAAUGCUUAGUCUCUCCCUAUUGCCCUCCCCGAGAAAUUCUGAAAAAAUGAAAAGAAUCCCCUGUCCGUUAACACGUGAUAUAUCCAGAAAAGGGAUUUGUAUGAGAUAUGCUAUUCCUCAAAAUUAAUAAUAAAUAAAAAUACAUCGUUGGAUUGUUCUUCCUUUCUUGCAAUUUGUGGUUUUGUCGGUGAAUUUGCGCAUAAGGU